AUUCAACCACUCCAAUAAUGUUACCAAGUCCAUACCUGCUUUUCUCGUCCGCGUCUUCAUAACGUCUUUAUAUAUACGAUCACCAACCCUUGAUAACUACUAGUAUAAAUGAUUUAGUUUCUUAUAAGACUUCAUAAUAUUCGUCUACUUUAAAUUAAGACCACAACACUCGAUCUCCUCUUCAUAAUCUUCAGCUCCCGUCAGCUUAUCAUUAAGUUAGAAUGAUCCAAACCGAUCACAACCAAUCUUCUGCUGAUGUAGUAGAAAAACCUCCACAGAGGCCGUACACAGGGCCCCCGCCGAUAGGCUAUCCAACAAGAGAUGUGAUGUUGGGUGAUCCUCCUGCGGCCGCAGUGGAGACGAAGUCUAAGGGUGAUGGGUUUUGGAAAGGAUGUUGUGCUGCCAUAUGCUGCUGUUGUGUUCUGGACGCAUGCUUCUGAGACUCCGGAGUUUACAAUUUUUAUGCAAAUUAUUGCUGUAAUAAAAAGAAGCUUAUAUUUGAUGAUAGUUGUUUUACAUAAUUACUCUCUAUAUAUGUGGAAUAUACUCUGUGGAUGGUUGUCGUUGUUAUGUUUCGGGUAUAUUAAGUGAACGUAUUAUACACUAAAGUGAAUCUGGGUUGUCGAACUGCAUCCAUAAAACAAGUCAAUUAGUACCAAAUGGAUGUGAUAGGGUUCAUCACGCGCAAUUGUUAAUGACCUAAACGAGAGGAUUGGGUCUGGUUAACCCAAAUUGAAUAAUUAGGUGAGAAAAUGUUUUAUUUUCUUUUUAAAAUUUCUAACACUUAUCUAAUCACACACAACGACCUCAUAGAAAAAACAUGCACCAACACAUGUCACGUUCAAGUGCAGACCACGGUUGUAUAUAUAUAGGGAUGUAUCAAAAGAUAUAUAAUUUUGUUACUGUUAAACAGUUACGGAGUUAAUUCAACAAGACAAGUAUAAGUAAAACUUAAAAAUCACAUGUUCAAACGAAAUUAGUAUACAAAAAAAUUAAAAUAUUACAUUAAUAAAAUGAUAUUUCUCGAAACUAUCGAAUUCAUGCGGAGCCAGUGGUGGAGCUAGAAAAUUCAUCUGGGAAGGUCAAUCUCUAAAAAUUAACAUAUUUCACGGGGGCCAUCUAGCUAAAAUUAUCAAUAGUUACAUAGCUUUUAUAGAAUUAUACCAGUAAAACUUUUUGAACAGAAAAUCCACCCGGAUCCGUUGACCCAUGUGCCAAUACUGUGGCUCCGCCACUGUGUAGAGCUAGUUUUUGCAAAUUCAGCAGUCUUGGAAUCACUUGAUCAACGGACAACUGGGGGACUUAUUAGUUAAAAAAAUGUUUGGAACAGAAUUAAUAUCUUGAUAUCAUACUCUGAAGUGAAGUUUGAACUUAGUUUUUGUUAACCAAAAAAUAGUUCAAACCGUAAUAUUGUGUUAAGAUUUUGACCUUAAUAUUGUAAACCCAAACUUCUUAAUAGUGAUUUCGUUAGGCCCAGCCCAUGUUAUAUGGGCCGACUUAGAUGCAUUUCAUGCCUUUAGGGUUUCCUCGUAGCACACAAUAUAAAUACCAAAAACCUAAUCCCUUCCGUCGUUUUCUCUCAGCAACUAAUCGUUUCGCCGGAAGAGGAGCCAUGGUUAAGUUUCUAAAGCAGAACAAAGCGGUGAUCCUCCUUCAAGGCCGUUACGCCGGCAAGAAGGCGGUGAUCAUCCGAUCCUUCGACGACGGAAACCGCGAGCGUCCCUACGGACACUGCCUCGUAGCCGGACUCAAGAAGUACCCGAGCAAGGUCAUCCGCAAGGACUCGGCCAAGAAGACGGCGAAGAAGUCGAGGGUCAAGUGUUUCAUCAAGGUGGUGAAUUACCAGCAUCUGAUGCCUACUCGUUACACGCUUGACGUGGAUCUGAAGGAAGUGGCCACUCUCGAAGCACUGUCUUCGAAGGAUAAGAAGGUGGCGGCUCUUAAGGAGGCCAAGGCUAAGCUCGAGGAGAGGUUCAAGACUGGAAAGAACAGGUGGUUCUUCACCAAGCUCAGGUUCUGAGAACCUUUUAUUCUCUUUUUUUUGUAAUGGAAUCUACAGUAUGCUUUUGUAGUUUGUGGAACAUGUUUUGGAUGGUUUAAGACUUGAUGGUUUGAAAUUUUGUUCUGGAA